GGUUAGCACGUCAGAGAGGGAGCACGUUUCUUGAAUCGCUGAGUGAUCUCCCAUGUGGUGUCUGUGGUGUUAUAUGAAGUGUUGGUAGUGGUGGCGAGAGGCAAGAUGGUGUCGAGUGUAUGUCGUGGGUCGUAUCCUAGCAUGACCCCACAUGCUUCGCCCUCACGAAAGCCGCUUAUUGACCCCCAGAAGGAUUAUUUUUCACCGUUACAAGUGGAAACCUCCGUGGAGUAUGACCUUCCCGCUCACAUCUAUCCGCCGAAGGGCUCGGAGCCUAUUCUUAUGAUACACCCAGGAUAUGUAUCAGCCGUACGGGCUAGGUCCAGAGCCGUCGUGACUCCUUCGCCCACUGCCAUGGUGGCCACGUCAGGGGCAGCCCGCCCUCUGGCCCCAUUGCAGCUGCCCAACCCACAGCAGCACCAGCAAGUGGCCGGGGCGAGGGCGUCCCGCAGCACACAGCAGCGAACCUGGUGCAUGUGUGGAAAUCCCAACUGUAAUUCUUCUAGUGUCAAAUCAGUCAAUGCACAGAGUGUUAGAAACGUACAAAGUGUGCAUAGCCAAAGUGCUUCAAGAAGUGUACAGAGCCAGAGUGCAAGAAGUGUGCAGAACCAAAAUAUAGGAAGUGUACAGAGCCAAAGUGCAAGAAGUGUACAGAAUGUCCGCGAUGCUAGCAUGAUGGGCGUGAGCAGCAGCGCCAGCACCAUGACCAGCACUACCAGCAGAAGUAGUGCAGCGUUGCUUCAGCAGCAGCAACAGCAGCAGCAGUUGGUGUGGGGAAGUGGUGGCCGGUGUCUCGGGCCCUGCUGCAACCCUCGAGCAGCUGCUAUGGCUCCUCCACAGGCAGAGUUUGUGGCUCCGGGUCUGCCGCCCUCACUUCUUGCCCGCACGCCCACACGUGGGACUGCAGGCGGCUCACCCAAGUUGCGGGCGGCGCGAACCCGUCGUGGUUUGUCUGUCGCCAGCAGUGUCAAUCUCCCGGAUUACUUAGGAAGUGGGCGGCCAGCCAGGGUGACAGGCGGUGCUGUACAUGUCCACCCACGCCCACGAGCAUUAUCUACCUCUAUGGGUGCUCUUGCCGCGGCGCCCGCCCCUCCCAUGGCUCACCAGCACAUGGGCAUGGGCGCCUCCCUCACCACCUCCUUGGACCUGGCGAGGGCUCACGCUCUCACCCCUCGCUCCCUCCAGCCCGUCCAGCAGCAACAACAGCAACAGCAGCAACAACAAACAUUGCAGCAGGCCCCCGCUGUCUCCACGUCCUCGCUCCUUCACACCGUGGGUCUGUCCAGGGACUCCGGCUGUUCUGUGGGCGCCGAGACUGCGGGCGGCGAGUGGGCGUCUGAUCGUACCCGCGGCCUCGUCGACUCAGGAUUCUGCACGCCCGUCGACCUCACAGACGAUUUUGUGGCAG